AUGGACCUUCGAUCCGAGGGUCAUGCACAAGUUGCCGUUUCGAUGUCACUACUCGUGGGUCCAUUAGCCCACUACAGGUUUUACCCCAGAUAUGAGACGCAAGUUGAAAUCUUAGGCCCUCCCUAUCGGCCCUUGAAAAAGCAUACCAGAAAAGCAACCAUGAAGCUACGCGAAGAUAAGAAAAGCCACCCUCUUAAGAUCAGAUCUACCAGCCCUAUCAGAGAUGUCGGCGAAACUGGCAUCUAUUUCCGCCCCCAACCAACCCUCUCGAAACCACGAACCUGGCUGCCCGCAGAAAAACCACACAAAAGUCCCGUAGCCUCAACUUCCUAG